AUGUCGGCUAGCAAUCCCCCGGCCGAGCAGAAGGGAGAGGCUCUGGAGGAGCCAGCAGCUCCGGCUGCUUCUGCCGACAACGACAGCAAGGACCGAUCGCGAUGCGAGCCGGAAUGGUUGCGGGAUAUAGCCUUCAAUAGCCUGAUGCAGGAAGCUCCAGAAGCACUGGCUGCCCACAUCUCAGUGUCGGAUCGUGGAACCUGUAAUCUAUUGGUCCUGUAUCGGGUCUCGCUUCAGGAGCCACAGCCUUCAGUUGCCCCUGCUAGCAAUCCCACGGCCGAGCAGAAGGGAGAGGCUCUGGAAUCUCUGGAGGAGUCUCAGUUGGAGGACGAGCAGGAUGAGCCAGUGGGCAUCUUGCAGCAGUGUGGGGUGCGGCGGCCACAUCUGCUUCUGAGGGACAAGAUCCAGGAAAGGAUGAAGGCUGGGGCCGAUGUCUGGGCAAGCUUGUUGCCACUCCUGGAUGAGCCUACUCGCGAAGACCUUCAAGGUGCCUGCAUGGAUGAGGCAGCUGCCGUCAUCAGCUUCCUGGAGAUCCACAAUGUGCAGGAGUGGGAAGCACUACCCAACGAGAGGAGGCAGCUCUACGUGCCCACGAACGUGGCUGGGGUUCUGCAGUCCUCGGGCUCCGGCUGGCGCCGAGCUGUUAGCUGCUGGCUCCUCGCUGGUAUUGAAGAUGAUUUUGAUGCUGCCACGCACGUGGAAAGCCUAGAGCCUGCUGCGAAGGUGCUAUGGUACAGGCUCCGCACUGACUUGAAGCCCUUCCCAAGUGGAUCCUGGACUGAGUGGGGCGGCUCGGGCCUCUUGCCAGUGGCCGUCAAACAGGAGAGUGAAUGGUGCGGCAGCCUUGGGCAGCUCAUCGGCGAGUUCGGCGGCAACUUCGCUGCAGGGGGGGUGAAGAACGAAGUCGCCUCACCGAGAAUCAAGAUCAAGAAGGAGCCUGCCUCGUCCGCAUCACCCCCCAGGGCUACAACCUUGCCACAGCAGAAGGUCAAGGGGGAGCUUGGCUCUCCUGUUCGUGCCUCAUCCUCAGGAUCCUCGGCUACUACAACGUUGCCACAGCAAAAGGUGAAGGAAGAGCUUGGCUCUCCUGUUCUUGCCUCAUCUGCAGCGAAGGCCUCAAGAUCCACGGCUCCCUCGGGAUCUGUUGGGAAGCCAGUCAAGGAGGAACCUAGUCCGGCAUCAUCUUCGGCAUCGCAUAGCACGGCAGUCAUCGAGAAGCACCUCCUGCAAGGGACAUCUCCUGAGAAAUUGCAGCCCGAGCAGCCCCUGAACUAUGGGCAGGUGCUGCGAUGUUUGAUCUUCAUCGCCAACCUCAACCUCGGACCAGAUUGGCCCAGCAAAGUGGGAGUGCUGCUGGCUUCCGCCGAGCAAUCCAAACAUUGCCUGAAGCUGCAGAUGGCAGCACCACACUUAGCAGCUGUGCUGCAGUCGAGGGGGCAUUGGGCUUUGUUGAUGGUCCGCAAGCAGGAUCCCUCCGCGGCUGUGCUGUACGACGGCAAAAACGACAGCCACUGCCGAGACAUGGCCGUCGCUCUGAUGGAGCACCUUGUGGAGGCCACGUACCUCGAGAAGCAGGUGCCCGUUGAAGCAGCCAAGGUCCCACGUCAGGUGGACACGUGGUCGUGUGGCCAUCGGUCCGCACUGGCCUUUGAGCGGUGCCUGGCAGACGUGUCGCUCGGCGAGCCAUUGCCCCGGGUGCUAGCCUCGGGCGACCUUAACGACUUCCGAGUGAGAGGUUUGGAGGCUCUUUACAACGCCGAUCAGGGAAAGUCGUCUCCGAGCCGCCACAUGGGAGACCUGUCGCCUCCAAAAAAGGCUGAAGACGUGGACCUCAAGCUUGGCGGCAGGAUUGUCUAUGCGGGCACCAAGAGGAAGGUCAAGGAAGGGCCAAGUGCAUCCUCAGCAUCCAAGGCUGCAGCAAAGCCUAAGCCUGCUGCCAAGGCCAAGACACCAAAGAAGUUGCAGCUGGAAGGCCGUGAGCUGAUGCAUGGCCACCUCUCCCACGGCGAAUUCCAAGCACGACAUCGGCUGGAGCAGGGCAAGACAACGCUGGCAGAGAAGGGAGGACACUGGCAGUCUUUCUGUGAGGCUGUCGCAGCACCAGAAAGGAUGCUCGGCUGCACGGUGUGCAUCUCUCUUCGUCAGGAGCUGCGAGAAGCUCUUGCCUCCGCUGCAGAGGAAUCGAGUCGGCAGUCAUUGGCAGCCUUGCAGCAGGUGGUGCAGCUGCCAGAGCACCAGGACCACGGGAGCAUCGUCGUAGGCGACAGGGUCCGUACUCCUGGCCGCCGACCCCGCAAAGAAGCUGCCGAGAGCCGCUUCGACUUGCAUCGCUUCGUACAGAAGGAACGGGGGGAUGUGUACCGUCUCACGGAUUUCAGCUACCUGAAAGGCAAGAUCACCUACCACUGCCUGGCAUGCCAGAAAUCAGUGAACUUUUUCGUCUCCACCAACGACAGCAAGCUUGCGGUCCACGAGAAAGGCCACAAACACAUCGAGGGAUUGGCCCGGCUUCAGAAGCAGAAGCAAGAUGCGGAGGAGAAGGCAAUCCCGCUGCAGGAUGUGAGCGGCGGGCGGCUGCCGCAGCAGCCCCAAGCAUCUGGGGCGAAUGAGGCUCCGGCUCAGGUGGUGGAGAGCGGCGGGCGGCUGCCGCAGCAGCCUCAAGCAUCUGGGGCGAAUAAGGCUCCGGCUCAGGUGGUGGAGGCGGACGGAUGCCCCUGUGACGGGCUGGGCCUCGAGGAGAGAAGUCCGCUCCACUCGGUGCGAGCCGGCAUCACAACCUUCUUCCAAGCUGGAUGCCCCAGAACUGUCUUCCAGCGGGGCGAGACGGACCCCCUGAAAGAGGUGGUCCUUGCUCAGACUGCAGAUGGCAUCAAGCUCCGGGCGACCCAUUGCCAAGGCCGCAUCGACGGGCACAAUGCCCGGAUGAAGGUGGCAUGCGCCAUCUGCAUGAAACAUUGCGGCACCAAAGCCGUGAUGAAGCACAUCUUGAAGAAGGCUUACCUGCUGGACCUGGCAUCGUGGGCAUGGCAGCUGUUCUAUGGCUCCGAGCAAGGGGCAGCAGAGGCAGCAAACCGCAUCAAGGAGGCUGACUAUCGCAGGCAGGGCCAUGCGGGCCUGGACUUCGAGGAGCUGUGCGGCCUAUCCUGCAAACUGCAGAUUGCACGAAGUGUCUGGAACAAGUUCGAGAACAUCCCGAAGAUCCGCCGCUCGACCGAGAUGCAGGACUUCAUCGACCGCUAUGUGGUGAAGCCCCAGCUGUUCCACUCGGGAGACAACGAAGCUCGUGCACACUCCUCGCUCGUAGCUGCCUUCGCCAAUCAGGUGGGAGCCGGGAACGUCCAGUCCACAGACUUGGUCCUCGCUGCCAAGGUUGCAGCGGGUGAGCUGCGGCAGGACUCCCUCAUCUCAGGGUUGGUCACGACCUUCCUCAUGCAGUAUCGGCGGAGCCUUGGGUGCAAGAGGAAGAACAGCUCUGCACACUCCGACCCAGAGGCGCUGUCGGAGGUUUUGGGGAUGUUGGGUGUUCGGAGCGAAGCGGAGGCUCUCGUACAGCGGUUCCAUGUGAACCCUCAGUCGCUGCCGCGACUGGUUCUGCACUCCGCCACCCUGCCGAAUGCCUUCUGCAGUCUCCGAAGCCAGGCUGAUGUGGACAUGGCAGCUCAGACAGCGAUCAGCCUGCUUCGCCUUCAGGGAGGACGGGGCCAUUUGCUGGUGGAUGAAACAGUGUGGGCACCCUGCUACGAACAAGUCUCAGGCCUGCGAGCGGAGAAGCCGGGUGAGAUGAAGGAGAUCGGGAUUGUGGGGGGCGAGUUCAGCGAUGACCCCGCCGAGGACUUCUCAUACAUCAAGGCGAGCGACCGCCAGAUCUCGGACCUGCCGCCCGAAAGGCUGGCACGGCUGACUCUCCACCUCGCCCUUCACAGGGCGGACAACUCUGCCCACGUCUUCGACUUAGCAGUGCUACCAAGACCCCAAGGACAAGCUGACUCGCAGACGCUCCUCCGCUUCGUCGCGAGUGCUCUUGACAGCUGUGCCCGAGUCAACAACGGAGUGCCGGUCAUCGGCGCCAGCCACGACGGUGCCAGUGUGAACAGCAUGCUGAACAGAUGUCAGUCAGGGUUGGAGUCCGAGGAUGUGCUGCGGAACUUCCCCUUCUUCCGCGACUGUGUCGUGGAGCCGAUGGCCCCUCAGCUGCCUUGCUUUCCAUACAAGCAGCUCCGCUACAUGCAGCAACAUCUGCUAGUAGGCUGCACCGAUGGCUGGCACUGCCAGAAGAGAUACGGCCUCCAGCACAGCAGUGGGAUUCGCUACAUCACCUACGGCUGCAUGACAGUGUGCCUGACGCCAGAAGUCCGUGCAAACAUCGGGCACCAGAUCCACUGCCUCUUUGACACGAUGAGCGACAAGCACGCCGCAGCUCGCAUGUCGCAUGUGUUCAUGCCGCUCUCCUUCGAUGCACUCGGGGCACACGUGCACGGCGUGUAUGGUGCAUUGCUCGCCAGCUUCACUACGGCGAGUCAUGCCUUCAGCAAGCAUGAACACGCCGUCAACGCUUUUUCCCUCUACUACGGCUUGCUCCUUCAUAUGAUGACCAACCGGGCUCGCUUCGGCGACGACGCCGGCCUGUACAGCAUCUCGACCAUCACACUGCGAAACCUUUGCUCGUUGUGUGCCCACGGCAUACAAUCCACCAGGAUUCCGGGACUGGAACCGAGACUGGUACAGGAGCUGCCCAUUGAACAUCAUUUUGGGCGACUCAAGAGCCACUUCCGGGGGCAAGGCUCGAUUCGAGAUGCUGUGCAUGCCCUCCGCCUGGAAGCUGGAAAGCAGGCCCGCCGCUUGGAGCAUGUGGCUGACCCUUCGGAGCUCGAUGCCCGGACCAGUGCCGAGUCCAGGGAAGCCCUGGGUGCAGAUGAGAUCCUGGAGUGUGCCAAGGAGGGCUUGGCAGCUGCUUUGCAGUUCCAGGCUUUCUUGAUGCCGGACGACAGGCCCGAGGAUCUGUAUGAGCACCUGCGGAAAUGGUACCCUGCGAUUGGUCACAAGCUGCUUACGCAGCGAGAACUCCCAGAGGAGGAGAUGGAGGACUGGAUGGACCUCUCCGCCCAGGAGCUGACAUUGGACGAGAUGAAGGAGCUCACGGCCGGGAAGGAGGGACCCGAGAAUCCGCAGAAGCAGGCUUCGGGUGCAGAGGACAAGCAGCUUCUGCAGUCCAUAGAGGAUCGAGCUUUGCUGCGAGCAAAGCUGCGAGGAGAAAUCGAGGCCACGGCGACAGACAACCUCGACGAUUCCGUGUGCGAGGAUGGAGGCUUUGUCCAGCCGGAUCCCGAUGACACCGAGGGAGAGGGCCAGAAGCAGCCCAAGACCUUGAGAGAUGUCAUGCGGAUUGCAGUGUCGCAGAAGCUGUCUUGCUUCGACAUGGGCGAGCCGAGUGCGACAGGCGAGCUGGCGAUCGUCCGACGAGUUUCGGCUAUGCUGCCAGGCAUGCGAAGCUUCAUGAGCUACACUCGAGGGGCUGAGGGGCUGCUCUCCUGGGCAUGGCUGGACACGCAGAGUCAGGCCAAGGACAAUGCUUGGAAUGUCGGCCAGCAUCAGCUUGCGAAAGCUCGUUUGGCCCAGGGCUUGUGCAAGAUGCGAAUGGCACGAAGCACUGCAUGGCAGCAGAGUCAGGCCAAAGCCAUCCGCGAUGUCACCAAGAAGGUGGCCGAAAGUGGCAUUGCCAAAGCUGGCCAAGGCGUCAUCGAGCCAGCGAGCUUCAGCCCUUUAUUCCAGGAGGAUGGCACUUACCAGAUUCUCGCGAUCAAGGGCAAGGCAUGCUAUGCUUCUGCACCGAGGGUCGUCCUGGGCUGUGUUCAAGCCGUGUUUCGCGGCAGUGUCGUGAGACGUGCUAAUGGCACCGCGACCUACAAGUGCGGAGGGCCUUGCAGUAUCGCACUGCCAUCGUCCUCCACUCGGGUCUUGCAUUGCACGGAGUUCUCAGAGAAGGACGGCGGCUGGUUCGAGACAUCUUGUGCCUCUCAGCCAUUGGUGAUCGAGGCGGAAGAUGUGCUGGGAGAGCUCGCAAUGUCGAGGCAGGCGAUCAGUGCAAGCAGGCUGCGCAUCCUUUUGACCCCGGCGUCCCUGGCAGCAGUGCAGUACAUGAGGACUUCAGCUUUCAAGAUUCCGAAGGUAUCCGAGAGCAAGGCAUCAUGA